AUAGGAUGUGGUAACAUCAUCAUAGUUGUUAAGGGGUUUGUAGGUUUACUUUUCUUUGUACAAUUAAACUUGAAAUAAAACGUUAUUUAAAAAAUGAACUGUUAUCAUUAAUCUAGCCAUCUUAGACCUAAAUUUUACUUGGCAUUGUCCUUUUUUUAAUGUUACAAUAUGUGUUUUACUUUUUAUUUGCAGAAAGUGUCAUGAUUUAACCCGACAAAAAGUAAUUUUAAAAUAUUAGCGACAUAUAGCGUCUUUCUCCAUACACGAUCUUUGGUUGGGUGGCGCAGGCUUAAUACGUCAUCAUGUGUGGGUUUUUUUUUUUUUUCUCAGUGGCGCCCUUAAACUUAAUUUUGUGUGUUGUAACGUCUACGCUUGAAAAUACUCACGUAAGUCUACAUUCAAGUUUUAUUUAUUAAACGUUUUAGUUGUUAUAUUUUGGUUCAAAGCUGGCGUCGCACAGUAUGACGUUGCUUCUUUUUCCCCGAGCGGCAAAUACAAACAGGGCGAGGACAUACGGCGGGUUUGCAGAGUUUUAGCAUGACGGACGGGCUCAAUCCGUCCACAAACUCUCGACAUGUAUCUUGCAAAGACAACCGGCAACCGACGAUAGUGAUACCAUCGUCAGAGUCGAGCUGCUCUGACCAAGAAGCACCGCAGGAGCAAAAACUCUCCGUCAAUGAGGUGAAGACGCCAAGAAAACGCCUUAAAGUAUUCCCAAUUUUUUUGCAGAACAGUAAAGGUAACCUUAGUUCUGAGAGACAGUUGUAUCAGAGCGCAAAAAGGAAAGCAGCGUUUUCUACUCAGAAAAAUGACAAACGCUCAACUUUACUGACUCACGUGACUGCAGAAGAUGGGCGGGGCUUAUUCACCCGUGGAGAGCAUCUGUCAAAGUCAGAACUGCAAAGCUGUCUGGACGAAAUCCAGACAUCAAACCCAUCGUUUCCUGUCCAAACUGUGUUCAGUGCUUUGCAGAAGAAAGCCUGUGAGGAUCUGCUAAAGAGUCGAGCAGGUCAUGCUUCACACACACCUCUACCCUCAAAAGAGAAGAGGAAGGGAGAAAACGAUGCAUCUGAGAGGUUAACCAAGCGCCCCAGGUGCUGCGUCCCGGAUCAGGAUCUCCACAGAAGCUUUUCCGCUCAGAAGAAACCCAGAGGCAAUAAGCUGAGUCGCACUCGCAGACUGAAGCAAAACAGCAGCCCGGCAGUCCAGGUGAAGGACUGUAAUCAGGGUCAUAGUGGACCAGAACUUCAUCAAAGAGAUUCCUACGUGGAGGACACACUCUGGACAGACAAGUACAGUCCUCAACAUUCAAGUGAAGUCAUUGGAAAUGCUUCCUCUGUGGCUAAACUGCACAGUUGGUUGAAAAAAUGGAAACUGCGAGCCAAUCAGGAUGAGAGGAGGAAAAUGGAGGAAAGUCAACGAGGAGAAGAUGAUUCAUGGGACUGUGGAGAUUUCCAGGGUGAAUCCUCCUCAGAAAACCCAGCUGAGGAGUUUCUGUGGAACACGGUGCUGAUUUCUGGACCUCCGGGGGUUGGAAAGACAGCCUCAGUGUACGCCUGCUCUCAGGAGCUGGGCUUCAAGGUGUUUGAGGUGAACUGCUCCUCCCAGCGCAGCGGCCGCCUCCUUCUGUCCCAGCUGAAGGAGGCGACUCAGUCUCAUCUGGUGGAGAUUUCAGGAGAAGACCCGCUCAAACCGGCCUUCUUCAGCAGCUACAACUCCUCUUCCUCCAGCAGCAGCACUCUGAGAUGCACUCUGGGGAGAACUUUAUUUCCUAAAACUUUGAGCUCAACUUCAAAAAAGGCAGCAAAAAGAAAGCCGAGCUCCCGGCAUCGCAAAGCGGCGGCAGACGCCCUCACUCUGGCUCACUUCUUCAAACCGAAGGAUGGAGCUGAUAAUCCAGACCGGAAGAUUCUGAGCGUCCCGUUUGCCGGCUGUGACCAGGCAGAGGCGCAGAGCAAAAGCACGGCCACCUCCCUCAUUCUGUUCGAAGAGGUCGACGUCAUCUUUAAGGACGACGUCGGUUUCCUCGCAGCCGUCAAAGCAUUCAUGAAAACCACAAAAAGACCCGUAGUUUUGACCACAAACGAUCCUUUAUUUAAGGACAGGUUUGACUGCAGCUUGGAGGAAAUCACCUUCAAAGCUCCGUCUGAAGCGAGCGUCUGCAGUUACCUGCAGCUGCUGAGUCUGGCUGAGAAGACGCGGCUGCGUUCAGGCGACGCCAGGAACCUCCUCGCGCUCACGGGUGGCGAUGUGAGACGAUGCCUGCUGCAGCUGCAGCUCUGGGUCCACAGUGGAGGAGGCGGAGCCCAAACCAGCAGGCUCCAUUCAAAGUUUACAAAAGGAUCAGAGCUUCCUCAUCAUGAAACCAGCUGCUCCGCCUCCAUGUUGGGCCUCCAGUCUGUCAGCCCAAGUCAUCUUCUGGACUAUCUGAAGCCUAAAACGGAUACAAAGAUGUUCCUGAAACUCCUUGCUGAGAGCUGGAGAGGAGGCUUUCCUCUUCUUUACUCCAACCUAGAGCUGCUCCUGUCCCUCGGAGCCUCACUCCACAGUCCGGAGGAGGAGACGGAUUCCUGUCUGCAGCCUCAACACCUUCACCUUCAGAAACGUUCAAGCGCUUCAGUGUCCUGCAGAAAGUCUGUCUCCCGCCUGAGUCGACGGAAGAGCAGCUCAGCAGGACGUGGUGACACGACAAACCCUCGAAUGACUGAGGAAUCAUGGAUCCCAAAUGAAGCGGACUCUCUAUGUGCCCUCGCAGACUUCCUCGACCUCAUGUCAUAUCUUGACUCCACACUUCCAAACGCGGGAACGCCAGUUUCCAGGUCGUCCUGUUCCGGUGCGUUCGUCUGGACAGGAGCGGCGUUAGGAGACGGCUUUUUGGACGAGAUGAGCGAGGAGGAAGAGGAGGAACGCACGUGUGAGAGCAAAGAGAGGCUGCUGGACAUCAGGGCUGCUGUGGAAGGAUUGGGCUUCCGCAUUUGCAGCAGGAGCGCGUCGGAGGCGUGGAUUUCACCCCACAUUGAAGAACGGGAGAGCGGACGUUUGGAGGAGCGGGUGACCACUAAGAAACACACCCUCAGCUUCACCUUUCAGCCUCUUUGUGCUCCGAGCGUGUUCCAGAGGAGGCUGAAGCUGAGCAGGAUGGUGCUGAGCAGCAGGACCUUCGGCCUGCUGGGGAACAGAGGCGCGGUCUGUGCCGAGUACAUGCCGGUCCUGCGCUUCAUUUGUCACAAACGUAAAGAACAAGCCAGCUCCAUGCUGGGCCUCUCGAAUUCCACCGUGCGGCUUCUGGCUAAAGACUUCAUCUGGAGAAGUUUGGAAAGACCUCCAAACCAAACGCCUUCCAGCUUCACCGGGAUCAAAUCCUUUCCAGCUCCGCUGAUGUGAAAGCUCUUUUUAUUUAAUAAGGUGCAAUCAUGAACUGUAAAUAAAACUAUUU